CUUCAGACUGCACAGUCGUCCACAGCCCAUAACCCGCGGAUUUACAAUCAACUAUUGCCACAUAUUUCUGCACAGGGAAACCUUUCUCUGCCAUCGAUAUAUUUUCUUAUAAUGAGGUGGUUCGUGUCUCCCAACAUGGUCUAGCUAAACUCUGCAUUCCGUGAAGCAGCUGCAGCCCGCUAGCACUGAGCCAGGAUGUCCAGUAGCUCGGGCUACCCCCCGAGUCAGGGGAGCUUCAGCAGUGAGCAGAGCCGAUACCCAUCACAAUCUGUCCAGUACACCUUUACCAGCAGCCGCCACCCACAGGAUUUCACCGUCCCAGACUACCGGAAUCACAUGCAGGAUCCACAGGGUCGCAGAAGGCCGUCUUUACUGUCCGAAUUCCACCCUGGAGCUGAAAGGCCUCCAGAGAGGCGCCAUGGUUAUGAACAGCAGUUUCACUCUGUCUCAGCCCAACCUGAGCAUGAGGUCUUGGAGGCUAAACGCCCUCGCAUGGAGACUGUUGCUGAGGCUCAUAUCACCCACACCCCUCCCACUGCAGGGGGUAUUGUUCUGCCUGUGCCUCAUAGUGUACAGGACAGCCUAAGAGCCACUGUGGAGGUCAAGAAGGAGACUCAGUUCACUGUCAAAGUGGAGUCUCCAUCCCCAGGAGGACCUACACUACACAUGGGGGAGGAGCAGGACACCUCUCCUUCUAAACUGUCCAAGGAAGAGCUGAUCCAGAGUAUGGACCGUGUAGACCGAGAGAUUGCUAAAGUGGAGCAGCAGAUUUUCAAGUUGAAGAAAAAGCAGCAACAACUUGAAGAGGAAGCAGCAAAGCCAGUGGAGCCCGAAAAGCCAGUGACUCCUCCCCCAGUGGAGCACAAGCACCGCAGCAUAGUCCAAAUCAUCUACGACGAAAACAGGAAAAAAGCUGAAGAGGCCCAUAAAAUAUUGGAAGGCCUUGGUCCCAAGGUUGAGCUGCCUUUGUAUAACCAGCCGUCAGACACAAAGGUGUACCAUGACAACAUCAAGACAAACCAAGUCAUGAGGAAGAAGCUGAUUUUGUUUUUUAAGAGGAGGAACCAUGCACGUAAGCAAAGGGAACAGAAGAUCUGCCAGCGUUAUGACCAGCUGAUGGAAGCAUGGGAGAAGAAGGUGGAGCGAAUGGAGAACAACCCCAGACGCAAAGCCAAGGAGAGCAGAACACGGGAGUACUAUGAAAGGCAAUUCCCCGAGAUCCGCAAGCAGAGAGAGCAGCAGGAACGCUUCCAGAGGGUUGGACAAAGGGGAACAGGUCUGUCUGCAACAAUUGCAAGAAGCGAACAUGAGAUUUCUGAAAUCAUAGAUGGGCUUUCUGAGCAGGAGAACAACGAGAAGCAGAUGAGACAGCUGUCAGUCAUCCCACCCAUGAUGUAUGACUCUGAGCAGAGGCGAGUGAAGUUCAUUAACAUGAACGGCUUGAUGGAUGACCCGAUGAAGGUGUACAAAGCCCGGCAGUUCAUGAAUGUUUGGACCGAACACGAAAAGGAGAUCUUCAAGGAGAAGUUUGUCCAACACCCCAAGAACUUUGGCCUGAUUGCCUCCUAUCUUGAAAGAAAGUGUGUUGCUGAUUGUGUCCUAUACUACUACUUGACCAAAAAGAACAACAACUACAAGACACUGGUGAGGCGAAACUAUGGAAGACGGAGGAGGAACCAGCAAAUAACACGUCCCUCACAAGAAGACAAGUCAGACGACAAGAACGAAGAGGACAAGUCUGAGAAGUCAGAGAAAAAAGAGGACGAGGAAAAGAAGGACGAGGAAGAGAAAGAUGAAAAGGAGGAUUCUAGGGACAUUGGCAAGGACAAAGAAAAGUGUGACGGUGGGGAAGACGACGACGGAAAGGAGCAAAACACGCCGCGUGGCAGGAAGACUGCCAACAGCCAGGGACGCCGUAAGGGAAGGAUCACCACACGCUCCAUGGCCAAUGAGGCUGCAUCUGUGGCAGCCGAGGAAGCACCUCCCCCUGCCCCCGAGCCUGCCUUGCCAGAUCCGCCACAGCUCCCUAAAACCGAUCCAGCUCAGAAGGCCAUGAAGGAGCCUGCAAAACCCCAGACUCCAGUAGCUUCCAUGGAUGCUGCUAAAGCUGGCGCUGGUGAAACCGGAGAAACUUCUCGCUGGACCGAGGAGGAGAUGGAGGUUGCCAAAAAAGGGCUUGUUGAGCAUGGGCGAAACUGGACAGCUAUUGCCAAAAUGGUGGGCACCAAAAGCGAGGCACAGUGCAAGAACUUCUAUUUCAAUUACAAGAGACGUCACAACUUGGACAACCUGUUGCAACAGCAUAAGCAGGAUACACGAAAGGCUCGUGCUGAUAGGUCUCAAGGUGAAGGUCUAGCCACGCAAUCACCGGAUGAUGAUGAGGACAAUGCAGAGGACAGUGAAGGAGGUGACAACAGCUCUGAUACAGAGAGCGCCCCUUCCCCCUCUCAGGCUGACUCCUCAAAGUCCGGUGACUCCAAGAGGGCAGACGGCGCUGCAGGAGAUACUCAGUGUGCUGACCAGGACAAAGGCCAAACUAGCAAUGGGAAGGCUCCAGAGCCUCCAUGCGAAUUCACAGUGAAACAAGAGAAAAUCCCGGAGGGCGAGGCGGGAUCUCAGGAGGAAAAAGCCAGGGUGACUUCCUUUGCAGGCUCAGUACAUCCUAAAAUGGAACCUCUGGAUGUGGUUAUGAAUCCCGAAGAGGUUAAAGUGAAGAUGGAGCCCGGUAUCAAGGAGAAAGGCGAAAAGGGAGAUCACGGCGAAAGGCUCCACUCAGAUAAUGACUCCAGCGCCACCUGCAGUGCUGAUGAGGAUGUUGAAGCAGAGCCUGAAAGGCAGAGCACAAUAUUCUCCAUGGAAAAGCCUUCGUUGCUUAACCCUCCAGGCUCGGUGUUGGUGCCUUCACCCAAACAAACCCAGCUCAACAUCGAUCAGCUGCAUCAGCGGGCAGCUUCAAUACCACCCAUGGUACCUGGUCCAUUUGGCACUGGUGGCGUGCCCAUCAGUGGUUACGCCAUGUUGCAACACCAGAUCAAAGCAGUGCAUGAGUCAGCGCACCAGGAAGAGAAGCAAAGGCAGGACCAUGGUAAACCCUUACCGUACAUGCCUUAUGACAUGAUGCUGGCUGUGGACCAGGAGACCCACUCCGGUCAGCCAGGCUCUCCUUACAGACUCUCCCCCAGGGAGUUAAGAAAGGCCUCACCUGACCCCAACGCCCCCAAUGUCUCCUGCUACAGUGUGCCACCAGUCCUUCACCCUGCAACUACCCAGCUGGUCCAGAAUAUACCAGAUGGAGGCCGCAUGACGUUCAGAACCAUUCGACCUCCCAACAUUCCCUCUCCUCCUCCACUCAUUCCAACUACCAAACCCACAGACAAGCCUUCCUUCAUCCAAGGAGGCUCCAUCUCCCAGGGAACUCCUGGCACAUACCUGCCAUCCCACGCUAUCUAUGGGCCAGAGGGAACUAAGAGCAGUGUGGGCUCCAUCUCUCUGGGUCUGCCGCGGCAGCAGGAUCUUAACAAGCCUGGAGCUGCAGUUCCAUCCAUACAGGAUUGUAGAGGCAACCCAGCAAAGGCUGGCGAAGGUCUGCCUUUCAGAGGCUCUAUCACUCAGGGCACGCCAGCUCUGGCCCAGUCGAGCAUUGCUGCUGACCUUCUGAAGGGCACCAUCACAAGGCUUGCCACAGAAGACCCAAGCAGCCCAGACAAAGCUAGGGGGGAGCAGCUGGCUAAAGGUCACGUCAUCUAUGAAGGCAAAAGUGGGCAUAUCGUGUCCUAUGAUAGUUUAGCCAUCAAGAACCCCAGGGAAAACACCCGCAGCCCCCGAACAAGCCAUGAGCUGAAACGCACCUUCAACAUGAUGGAGGAACCCAUGGGCAGAGGACACACGGGCAGAGAAGGAGCCCCGUUGGAGGGGUUAAUUAGCAGAGCUUUGCCCAGAGAAAGCAUUCAUGGAGAAUCUAAGGAAAGACCAGUGAUCACUGGAUCCAUAAUGCAAGGGACACCAAGAACUGCCGCAGAGACUUAUGACGAUACUAUGAAAUAUGGAAAACAGUUAAAGCAGGAGAGCCCGCCUGCCCGCUCCUUCGAAGGGGGUAUUGGCAAGGGCAAGCCCUACGAGGGCGUCAAUACGAUUAAAGAGAUGGGUCGUUCUAUUCAUGAAAUCCCACGACAAGAUUCUGGACAGGAUAUGUGCAAGACUCCUGAUUUGCCAGACAGAAGGGUUUUGGAGGGCUCCAUGUCACAGAUUCACAAUCUGAACCAGCCAACCAUCAAACACAAUGUUAAGUCUCUGAUCCCCAGUCCCACUAAGCUGCCACACAACAUGCCCCAACUGGAGGCCAUGGAACGAACCAAAUACGACGAGGGUAAGGGAGUACGGCACACCUCUGUGGUCAACUCCACCACCUCUGUUCUACGCUCCACACACCAGGAGGCCAGCAAAUCCCAGCUUAGCCCAGGCUUGUAUGAGGACGCCAAUGCUCGCAGGACCCCUGUUAGUUACAGUACCAACCCCAUGUCUAGAGGAUCACCUAUGCUGGGACGAGCUUCAGAGGGUGGGAUGGGGUCUGCAAAGUCUGCUUCACAUGAAAGAAAGAGCACCAUGACACCGACGCAGAGAGACAGUGUCCCAGCCAAGUCCCCAGUGAGCAGUGGUGACCCUGUAGCCUCUCAUAGCCCCUUCGACCCCCAUCACCGGCCUGAAGUGUACAGAGGCCAUUUGCCUCCACAUCUUGACCCCGCCCUGGCCUUCCACAGAGUGCUGGAUCCUGCAUUCAUGUUCCCCAGGCAGCCAUCCCCAACAGGCUACCAUAACAACUACCAGCUGUACACCAUAGAGAACACACGGCAGACCAUCCUGAACGAUUAUAUCACUUCCCAGCAGAUGCCCAGAGGACUGUCACCGCGGGAACAGUCUGUUGCUAUCCCUUAUGCACCCGGAUCUCGAGGGAUUAUUGAUCUAGCCCAGAUGCCUCCAACUAUCCUGUUGCCUCACCCUGGGGGAACAGGUACUCCCACUUUGGAACGCAUCGCCUACCUCACUGGACCUCAGCCCCCUUUCCCUCCUAGAGCUUUCAACCCAACCUCCAUGUCGCAAGGUCACCUUGCUGUUGCCAAUGAGAGAGAACGGGAGAGGGAGCGUGACCGUGAUCGGGAGCAGCAGGAGAAGGAAAGGGAAAAGGAAAGGGAGCAGAGGGAGAGGGAACAUGAGCGUGAGCGGGAAUUAAGAGAGCGAGAACGAGAGCGAGCCAAUGAAUACAUGCGUGCAGGCGGACCAGAGCAGCCAGUCCGGCCAGGGAGUCGAGGUUAUCUGCACUCCCCUUCUCCCUCACACAGACCACAGGAUGUUGGAGUUCCACAGCGGCCAAGCAUCUUCCAGCCAAAGAGUGUCAUCACCUCUCUGAUGCCUCUUUCAGCAGCUAUAUCUGCACCACAGAGUACCGCCCGCCACAGUACUGCAGCUGAUGCUCUGGCUGCUUUGGUGGACGCCGCAGCUUCUGCUCCACAGAUGGACGUGGCCAAGGUGAAGGAGAGCAAACAUGAACGAGAUGAUGAUAUGUCUUCAGCUCGGCGAGCAUCCAGCCUGUCUGAACAGCAACAACAGGAGACAGAAAGGCGAUCUCUGCAUUCACCGUAUGGAGCUAUGUCUCUGCCAGGGAGUAAAUCCUAUCCAGCUUAUUCUGAAGGCGCUGGUGUUGGGGUUAAGGAUAAGGGACCUCAAACAAAGUCCCGCAUUGAAGAGGAGCUUCGGACUCAUGGAAAGACGACUAUGACAGCUGCCAAUUUCAUUGAUGUCAUUAUCAAACGUCAGAUAGCCUCGGACAAAGACUCGCGAGAGCGAGGCUCUCAGAGCUCGGAUUCAUCUAGCAGCUUGACAUCCAGUCGCUAUGACAACACUGGUGGUGGAGCAAUUGAGGUGAUCAGUCCAGCUAGUUCCCCUGUCCAGCCUCAGCAGGACAAACCAGAAGAUGUGCAACAACAGGCAUCGGUUGGCAUGCGAUCUUAUGACAUGAGUCGAUACCGGCAAUCAGGGGAGCCACCACAGUCCAGUUCCCAGCAACCUUCCUCCUCCCAGGCUGACAGCUACUCACAGGUCCCCAAAACUCAUCGAGUCAUGACCUUGGCAGACCACAUUUCGCACAUCAUAACACAGGAUUUUGCCCGGAAUAAGGAUCCUCCUCCAGUCUCCUCUUCAGCCUCUGCUGCAUUCCAGAGCGUUGUGCCACCUGUGUCCUCUUCAGGUCGAGGCAAAAUGCCCAGUCGCUACAGUCCUGAGAAUCAGGUGCAGGCCCAACACCACCAGAGACCCUCCAGCAGAGUUUCCCCAGAGAACGCCCCCGACAAGCCCAGAGCCAGGCCUGGCAAGUCUCCAGAGCGAGGAGGCAGGCCGAUGGAGAACUAUGAACCCAUCUCUCCACCACAGAGCUACCAAGGCAUGGACAAACAGGAGUCUGGUGGACCUCCACCCCAGCGGCGAGAGGGUGACAGCUCAGAGAUCAGGAGUGACUCGCGGUCCCCAGGGAGUGUUAGCUAUCUGCCUUCCUUCUUCACCAAGCUGGAGAACACCUCACCAAUGGUGAAAUCGAAGAAGCAGGAGAUCUUUCGUAAGUUGAACUCCACCUCUGGUGUUGGUGAUUCUGAUGUUGGAAACGCACAACCAGGAACAGAGAUUUUCAACCUGCCUGCUGUUACCAGCUCCAGCAGCAUCAACCCCAGGAAUCACUCCUUUAGUGACCCAGCCAGUAAUCUGGGUCUGGAAGACAUCAUCCGCAAGGCCUUAAUGGGCAAUUUGGAGGACAGACAGGAGGACCAACAGGGUGGUGUAACAUCCAACACUGGCAGUGACCCUCGGCAGGAGGCCAGUCCAUCUCCCAGCAUGGGUAAGCAGAAGCAGGGAAAAGCCAACAGCCGGAAAUCCAAGUCUCCUAACCUGGGUCAGGUCUACGGUGGAGGGGAGCGCCCCUCAUCAGUCUCCUCCGUCCACUCGGAGGGAGAUUAUCACAGACAAGCCCAAUCGCAGUGGAGCUGGGAUGACCGACCCUCUUCCACAGGACCCAUCCAGUUCCCAUACAACCCGCUGACUAUGCGCAUACUGAGCAACACACCACCCACUUCCAUAGCGUCACCCUCCAUACAGAGCCAGCAGCUGCAGCAGAAUCCAGCUGGAGCCCCUGGCCAGCGGCGAGAGUGGCAGUCUUUGCUGUCGGAGCAAUACGAGACCCUGUCUGAUAGUGACGACUGAGCCCUGCUUGCUUGCAGCUUUAUUAACCAGAAGAGAGGCCUGCUCUUUGGCUUGUCUGUUCACGCCCCUCUCCUGGAACUAACCUCGCUCACUGGCGAGUGCAACAUGUAGAUGGGGUGUUGUCCUUUUUAUUUUUGGUGCUAUGGCGCCCCCUGGCUGUUGGCUGAGAGUACGAGCAGCAGCCUGUGACAGGAAGGGUUCUCCUGGACGUCGCUUGCUUUUGGUCCAGAAGCACUCGUCCAGCCUGUUGUGGUGGGGGAAAAAACAAACAAAACUCAGCUUGAGGUGAUGACAUGAGAUGCAGGAAAGAUAAAGAACUUAAUAUGUAAAAUAAGACAACAGAAGAAACUAUUUCUGAAUUUUGUUUGAUUUCUGUAAAGAUAUACCUUGUCUUUAAGAAGAUCAUUGUAUGUAAAUAGAGUAACCUUUUGCAGUGUUUUUCUUAACUUGAUUAUUUCUUAUUUUAAUGUCGCUUUUAAAUUGAUCCACUUUAAAUGGAAAGAGUGUGGGUGCGUACUUUAAUAAUACAGUUGGUCUUGUGUAGUCCAACAUCUCCCACCCCUCCAAACCCUGUCACCCAGCACACACACAAACAAAUAUUUUUACCAUUGCAACGGUAAGAGAGAGAGAGAGACCAGACCUGUGGUUUAUACUUGACCAUGAGCAGAGCACAGAGACUGUGCCACCCUGCGCGCCAUCCACCAAGCACCACCAGAGCCUGAACGUUGCGGACAUUAGAGGAGAACAGACUAACAUUUCAAACAGCAUUGGUAUCUCAUAACUGUCUUUAUCACACAGCGGAGAUGAUGCAUGGAUUGUAAGCGUUGGAUGGUAGUGAUAACCGCUCACCCUAGACAGAGAAAUGUCUUCAAAACAAGUUGAGAACACUGGUGUCAUAGCAGAGAGGUGAAAAGUCUGAUAUAAGCUUAAUUUUGCCAGAAAUUAUAUCAUUAUGACUACUCCUGGACCCCGACUGAAUAAUGAAAGUGAGCCAAUAUGUUUUUUUUGUUUUUUCCUUCUUCUUCAAAAGAGCUAUGUGAUGUGUCACAUGUAGCUGUCUCUUUGCAGUUUCCAAACUGUCCAGAAUGAUUUGUUCUGCGAUGUCAUCAUGGUUUAAAAAGAAAAAAAAAUGUCAGGAAGUUUUUUUUUUUAAUGCUUUUGCCAUGCCUUGUGACUUGAGAAAGAAGGCAGCUUUAACUAAUUUUCUCAGAGAUAUACGUUUGUGUUUAAUGUUUGUAUUUGUUUCUGUAAUCCCUCUUUUUUUUUUUUUUUUUAUUAUACUGUCCUGACAAAAAUCUGAACUCUGUAAAUUGUCUUUCUAUUACACACAAAAACAAAACUAACCAAACUUAAAAAAUGGUCUGCACCAUUGUUGCACUUUUUCCUUUCCUUUUCUUUUUUUUUUUUUCUUGCUUUGUAGCUUUUGACAACAAAAAGCAUACUACCUGCUGUGUAACUUAUUCAUCCUCCAGCCCUGGAGUAUACUAAAAUGUGCUUUAACUUUUCCUACUACUCACAGAAAUUUGCCCCGAUUUUUUUUCUUCCUUGUAGCUGGUACAGGAAUCUUUUGUUUAGUGUCACACUUGCAUCACAAUUGCAGUUUGAACUGUAUGGUACCAUUACAUGUUUAGGCAUUUGAUGUCAUGAAGAUUCAAAUCCAUGACCACUUAAUCUCUGCUUUCAUUGUGUCACACAACAGGCAUAAAGCUUUGAAUAUGAAUUAUACUAGGUCAACUAUAAUACACGGCAGUAAACUUUGUUUUAGAUAUGUGAAAAAAAAUUAUUUUGGCUUUUUCAGCUUUCACUCUGCUCAGUUAACAAAUCCAUUCUGCUCUAAACUUGAUAUUUCCUUUGUUGUUGCUUUUUCUUUCAUUUUUUUGAUUUAAAAUUGUCGUAGCACAUGUUCAGAUUUUUAUUUUCUGUCAUUUUUUUUUCUUCAACAUCUUUGCUAAUUCAUCCCGUUUAGAUGGGGUGUUAUGUGUUUACAAAUGCAAUGACAAAAAGAAAAAAAAAGUUUACAAACUUGAAUCUUAAAGAAAUCCGACAUGAAGCCGAAAAAAUAUUGGAGCAUCUUUUCAGCUCUCUAUCAAACACACAGUGGUGUUUUUUGGUUUUGGUUUUUUUGGUCUUUGUUUUUUUGGUUUUUUUUUUGGAAUUGAGACUUGAAAACCCGUGUAACCUAUGAUGUUGAAAUGCAAUGUUUGUAUCGCACAAUGUCUCUCAGUAGGCUAUUACAAGAGUUCAGACCAAUCAAAUAAAGUGGAUCAGUUCACCACUGAAAAAUG